UAGUCGUCGAGAUAAGUUCGCUUGUGAUUGAUUUGAUCAGUGACUGCUGAGAAUAUACUGACUCAAUUACAAUCUCUGCACUUGAACAUCAAUUGUAUCUCUGCGUGGUAACGACGGAAGUGAAAAUACGUGUAGUAAGUGAGAGUUUAACAAGGAAGUAAUUUACGCGAUGAAAUCAUUAAUGAGAGUGGUACUGCAAAAUAUCAAAAGAUCAUCAAAAACGUUAUUAUUGCCUCAGUCUCAGCAUAUUCAAUGCCACAGAACACUUACAUCUCAACAAGUGUUUGAUCGUGAAUCUAAAUAUGGUGCUCACAAUUAUCAUCCACUUCCCGUGGCUCUGUGCAAAGGUCAGGGUGUCUUUAUGUGGGACAUCGAGGGGAAACGAUACUUUGAUUUUCUAAGCGCUUAUUCGGCAGUUAAUCAAGGUCAUUGUCAUCCCAGAAUCUACAAAGCGAUGAUUGACCAGGCGAAGACUUUAACUCUGACAUCCAGAGCAUUUUAUUCAGAUCUUUUAGGUGAAUUCGAAGAAUAUAUUACGAAACUUUUCAGCUAUGACAAAUGGUUGCCGAUGAACACGGGCGUGGAAAGUGGCGAAACGGCAUGCAAAUUGGCACGCAAAUGGGGAUACUCAUGCAAGGAUAUACCGCAGAAUCAGGCCAAGAUAGUGUUUGCGGAAGGCAAUUUCUGGGGAAGAACUAUGAGCGCUAUUUCCUCGAGUACUGAUCCUAGCAGCUACAACGAUUUUGGACCAUUUAUGCCAGGUUUUGAGAUCAUACCUUACGACGAUUUACCGGCACUUGAACGAGCUCUCGUCGAUCCAAACGUCUGCGCUUUCAUGGUGGAGCCUAUCCAAGGUGAAGCUGGUGUAGUGGUUCCUAAGAAUGGAUAUCUGAAAGGAAUUCGAGAACUUUGCACAAAAAACAAUGUCCUAUGGAUUGCGGAUGAAGUGCAAACCGGCUUGGCGAGAACGGGGAAGCGGAUUGCAGUAGAUCAUGAAAACGUGAAGCCGGAUAUCCUGAUGCUCGGUAAAGCAUUGUCCGGAGGAUUUUAUCCUGUUUCCGGUAUACUAGCGAAUGAUCCCAUUAUGCUCACAAUCAAACCUGGAGAGCACGGGUCUACUUAUGGUGGUAAUCCUUUGGGAUGCAAAAUUGCUCUCGAAGCACUUCGUGUUCUAGAAGAAGAGAAACUUGCCGAAAAUGCAGAGAAGGUCGGUCACUUAUUCAGAGACGAGCUUAACAAGCUGCCGAAGGAGAUAAUUACUUUAGUGAGAGGAAAGGGCCUCUUGAACGCUAUCAGAAGAUUUUUGAGUUCCCAGCAAGUGAUCGAUCGCGACAACAAAUACGGCGGUAUACACUUCAAACCAUUACCGGUUGUUCUUUCUCGCGGAGAAGGAGUCUACCUGUGGGAUACCGAUGGAAAACGCUACCUUGAUUUCCUGGCAGGAUUUUCGACUGUCAACCAGGGUCAUUGUCAUCCACGUCUGGUGAAAGUAAUGAGAGAGCAGGCUGGAAAGCUGUCGCAUACGUCAAGAGCCUUCUACUCAGAACCUCAGGGUGAAUUGGGAGAAUAUUUAACAAAACUUCUUGGAUGGGAUCGAUUUUUACCUAUGAACACAGGUGUUGAAGGAGGUGACACGGCCAUAAAAUUAGCCAGACGUUGGGGAUACAGAAUCAAAAAAGUGCCGAAUGGCAAGGCUACUAUUAUAUUCGCCAACGGAAACUUUUGGGGACGUUCAUUGGCGGCCUUAUCGGCUUCAACAGAUCCAAAUUGUUAUACGGAUUUUGGUCCUUAUGUACCUCUUUUUGAGAAGGUGCCAUAUAACGAUCCGGUUGCUCUGGAACAAAAGUUUCAAGAGAAUCCCAAUAUCUGCGCGUUCAUGAUGGAACCCAUUCAAGGAGAAGCUGGCGUCAUUGUACCGUCUGAUGGUUAUCUGAAACGUGUAAGAGAACUAUGCACAAAAUAUAAUGUUCUCUGGAUUGCUGAUGAAGUGCAAACUGGUCUUUGCAGAACUGGUACACGUUUGGCAAUUGAUCACGAAGGCUAUAGACCGGAUAUUCUUAUUUUGGGGAAAGCGCUCUCCGGCGGAAUGUAUCCAGUUUCCGGUGUCCUGGCGGAUGAUCAGAUAAUGCUCUGUCUGGAAACAGGUUCCCAUGGAAGCACUUUUGGUGGGAGUCCGCUUGGAAACAGAGUCGCUUUGGAGGCAGUUAAAAUUCUGGAGGAGGAGAAUCUUGCGGAGAACGCGAAGAGACUCGGAAAUAUUCUGAAGAAAGAAUUGGAUAAAUUGCCGAAAAACAUCGUGACAGAAUUUCGUGGACGCGGUCUUCUGGCCGGUCUAAUGAUAAACAAAGAAUUCGCAGAGGGUUGGGACAUCUGUCUAAAGCUGAGGGACGCUGGGUUGUUGUCGAGACCCGCACAUGGUCAAAUCAUCAGAAUAUCGCCCCCAUUAACGAUCACGGAAGAGCAAUUACGAGAAGGAAUAAACAUUCUUAUUACGGUUCUCAAAAAUUACAAAUGAAGAAUUUAAAAUUUUACACACAUCAAGAUUGUAUGAUAAAUAUUAAUAAUUUUUACGAUAAAAUGAAUUACCUGUUAUUGUAUUACUCGAAUUAUUCCAAAAAAAGUGUUUAAAAUCUCAGUAAAUUUUUUUUAGAAUUCUCUUUUAGAUUUCUUGAGAAAGCAUGUAGAUUGUAAGAGAAUAAGCAAGAAGAUUGUAAGAGAAUAAAAGUAACAGCUAAUUAUUAAUCA